CCGAGCUGCCGAAAGGUCUGGUCGCAGAGACAGGAACGCGGAAUCCUCAGCGCGCUCCAUCCCGGCAGCAUCGCUCCACGGCUCGGCAGGGCAGCGAGCCUCCGGGCACCGGCCCCUCUGCUCCGCGGAAAAGCCCGAUGAAGUCCUCCGAUCUCGAUCAGGACUUAUUUACAGACAGUUACUGCAAGGUGUGCAGUGCCCAGCUGAUAUCGGAAUCUCAGCGUGUGGCCCACUACGAGAGUCGAAAACAUGCCAGCAAAGUCCGACUGUAUUACAUGCUUCACCCCAGGGAUGGUGGAUGUCCGGCCAAGAAGCUCCGAUCAGAAAAUGGAAGUGAUGCUGACAUGGUGGAUAAAAACAAGUGCUGUACACUCUGUAACAUGUCCUUCACCUCCGCGGUGGUGGCUGACUCACAUUAUCAAGGCAAAAUCCACGCCAAAAGGUUAAAACUCUUGCUAGGAGAGAAAACUCCAUUAAAGACCACAGCAACACCUCUGGGCGCACUUAAACCUCCGAGGGUGGACGCGGCUCCAGUGGUCUCAUCUCCCUAUCAAAGAAGAGACUCAGACCGAUACUGUGGGCUCUGUGCUGCCUGGUUUAACAAUCCUCUGAUGGCCCAGCAGCAUUACGAUGGCAAGAAACACAAAAAGAACGCGGCAAGGGUUGCUUUAUUAGAACAGCUCGGGACAACUCUGGAUACGGGGGAGCUCCGAGGUCUGAGGCGCAAUUACAGAUGCACCAUUUGCAGUGUCUCUCUGAACUCGAUAGAACAGUAUCACGCCCAUCUGAAAGGAUCCAAACACCAGACCAACCUGAAGAAUAAGUAGUCAAAACAUCUAUCAAGAGAUGAGGAAAAAAAGUCAGGAUUUCUCUGCCAUGGAGAAUUGCUUACCAACCACCAGAGGAAGAUUCUUUCUUGAACAAUGAACAUUUCUUAUGAGGAUUCACAGAUUAACAUACGACUAAUCUUAAGUUUUUGGAGCAUGAAUGAGUUUUCUUUCUUCCUUUUCUUUUUUUUAACUUUGUGGUAAGUUAUGAUAUUCGGAUGGAUUUUUAAAGUUCUUUCCUGGUAAUAUAUUUAGCACAUGUUCUAAACGAUAAUCCUAUUGCGAGAGCAUUAUUCACAAAGACGGUGGGAAAAUCUACACUUUCAAUUUAGUCUCAGAUUUCUUCAACAGAUAAUUCUUGUAUUAAAUCCCGGAUGAUCACGAUGUAAAGCACUUCUCUGAAGAAAUAAUCUUUAUUUUUUUCAUCAUGUUGACCACGAUUGGUGGCAACUUGCACAGAACCAGACGAAUCACUGUUAGUUGAAGCUCUGUAAUAAACACAAACACUGCCCUUCUCAUUUCACCUUCAAAAAUGUGAGCUCAGUUUGCCAUCUGAAGAAGAAUGAAGACAGGAAAGAAAGAAAGAAUCAUCCUCCUUUUUUUUUUUCUUUUCUGAUCAUUCAAAGAACAGUUCCUCAAGGUUAAGCCAAGUCCUCUUCGCCAGCUUCCAAAAUAAUCGCUUAGGAAAUGAAUUAGUUUGCCUGCAUGAUGAUCCUCUUAAUGCAAAAAUGUCUUAACAGCACUUGACCUUGAUGAAAUGUUUUCCCAAAGGUCUUCCAAAGAAGAAAGAGAAACCCCAGAAUCACAGGGAACUAAAUGAAUGUUCUCUACUUUAUGAAGUUGGCCUGAGCUGUGGGCUUUCAAGAGGGGCACUGAUGAUUUGGAAAGAAGUGAGUGAAUUCGGAAGAAAUGACCACCUUCAGUGGGCUGAGGUCCCCUGAUCCUCUGUUUCUCACUGACGUCCUCUUGCUGCAUCAAGAUUCAGUGACUUCGGAGAGCACGCCACUGGCCAGCAUGGCAGACUGGAAAACUGUGACCCUCAGAUGGGGAAAGUCUCUGCAUAUAAAUCACAAAGAUCUUUCUCCAGGUUUCAGUCUUGUGCCUGGAGACUGGCUCUGCUGUCCCCGCGGCUGGCUGCAGAGCUGGACUUUGAGCUUCUUUUGGGGAUGCUUCUCGGCUCUCCGGCCGGGGUUGCCCUUGGUACUUUGUGACCUUAGGCGAUGGAUCUCCGGGUGUCAGGAUUUUCCAGUCCAUUACUUUUCCACAAGAGAGCUGAGGUGGUUAAAACUCGGCGAGCAAUAAAUAAAAUGACUUAGACUGCACCGUGUUGUUAUGGAGCUGUUGGAAAUCUGGCACCGUUCUCUUGUGGAGGGUCCACUCAGGAGGGGUCAGGGUUGUCAGUUUCCCUGCCUGCAGAGAGACACGGCCACACGGGCCACGCCGGCCAUGCCGGCCACGCCUGCUGGCCACGCACCGUCUCGUGGGAAGGAAGGAGUGUUUGAUGGGAAGCAAUCUAUUUUUCUGUUUUGGAAAGCACACAACAGAGCUGCAGACCUCCAAUGAUGACUUUUCUUCGGCUGUGUAAAAGAGGGCUUUAUUUGUCAAUUCUGCUGUAACAUAAGCGUUG